UCGGAAUGGGACGCGUCCACAGGGACUCUAGCCGCUCUCCUAAUCACGACACCGUAACGAGGAAAAAGUGGCAAAGAGGAGCAGGAUACAAUUAAGAUUACAGCGUAAACAGAGCUUCUGACGAGGGGAAAGAGGGACGCGGACCCGCACCGAGCAACCUCCGGCGGCUUAGACGUCGCUCCGUAUCCGAGCGGCUGCAGGCUCCCCCGGACACCAUGGUUUGUGCUGCUCUCAACAGAUGACUCGCCUCAACGGAGCAGAAAUGAGCCGCGGACGAGCGUAGGCAGCGUGUCUCUAAAACAAGCCCAUUGUUCGCGCUGAGUCGAACCGAGCCGCCCGUUAGAAGAUGGGGCAUCCUACUCUGGAGUUCAGCGACUGCUAUCUGGACAGUCCCGACUUCAGGGAGACCCUCAAGUGUUACGAGCUGGAGCUGGACAGGACGAGCAAAUUUCUCAAGGAGUUGAUAAAAGAUGGCAACAGUGUGAUCACUGCAAUCAAGGGAUAUUCUGUGGCUGUGCAGAAGUUUUCCCAGACUCUCGGUAUGUUCCAGUUUGAUUUCAUCGGCGAUUCCCUGACAGAUGAUGAGAUCAACAUCGCUCAGUCGUUCCAGGAGUUUGCCGGCCUCCUGCAGGAAGUGGAGCACGACAGGAUGAUGCUGGUUCAGAAUGCAUCCGAUCUGCUCAUCAAGCCCCUGGAGAAGUUCAGAAAGGAGCAAAUAGGAGUAACAAAAGAAAAGAAGAAGAAGUUCGAGAAAGAGAGUGAAAAAUAUUACUCCCAGUUAGACAAACACUUGAAUCUUUCUGCUAAGAAGAAAGAGACUCAACUUCAAGAGGCUGAUGAACUCGUGGAGAAAGAGCGGGUGAACUUCUAUGAAUCGUCCGUGGAGUACGUGUACCAGAUCCAUCAGGUGCAGGACAGGAAGAAGUUUGAUGUGGUGGAGCCGGUGCUGGCAUUUCUUCACAGCGUUUUAACGCUCAACAACCUGACAGUGGAGAUGACUCAGGACUUCAUGCCUUACAAGCAGGAACUGCAGCUCAGCUUGCAGAACACAAGAAACCACUAUGAGAGCACUUGCGAAGAGUUGGAGGAGCUCAUGAAAAGAAUGAAGCACCCGUCCCAGGUGUACAAAAUGCACAGUUUCCUGCCCAUGGAGGGUUAUCUGUACUGCCAAGAGAAGUGGGCUCUGGGUGUGUCGUGGGUCAAAUAUUACUGUAGGUAUCACAAGGAAGGAAGGCGGCUGGUCAUGGUACCUUGUGAACAGAAGCCUACGACUAAACAGGGCCCGACGCAGCUGACACUGAAAUCCUGCAUCCGCCGGAAGACCGACUCCAUAGACAAACGCUUUUGCUUUGACGUGGAAACCAACGAGAGAAACACACCCGUCACUUUCCAGGCUCUUUCGGAGGGAGACCGGAAGUCGUGGAUGGAGGCCAUGGACGGAAAGGAGCCUAUUUAUCAUUCCCCAAUUCACAAGCAAGCUGAAAUGGAACUGAAUGAAAUUGGAUUCAAGUUUGUGCGAAAGUGCAUCAACUACAUUGAAACAAAAGGAGCCACACAAGAAGGAGUGUACAGAACAGUUGGCAGCAACAUCCAAGUGCAGAAGCUACUAAAUGCCUUCUUUGAUCCUACAAACCCAGGAGAUGUGGAUCUCCACAGCAGCGACUGGGAUGUUAAAACCAUCACAAGUGCAUUAAAGUUUUAUCUCAGGAGUCUGUCUGAACCUCUGAUGACCUACGGUUUGCACAGAGACCUCAUGUGUGCUGCAAAGUCCGACAGUCUGGACUUUCGACUAAGCGAAAUUCAUUCUCUUACCUACAAACUUCCAGAGAAGAAUCGGGAAAUGCUGGAGAUGCUUAUUAAACACUUGGUCAAUGUGUGCAGCCACAGUGAGGAAAACCUGAUGACCCCGUCCAACAUGGCAGUUAUCUUUGGACCCACACUCAUGAGAGCGAAGGAGGAGACGGUGGCGGCCAUGUUGGACAUCAAGUUCCAAAAUAUCGUGGUUGAGAUUCUGAUUGAGGACUCCAGAAAGAUCUUCAGUUAUAUGCCAGAGGACAGCACUGCCCCACCUGUCCCUCCUCCGCGCAUCACCCCGAGAAAGCGGCAACCCAUCACAAUCUCCAAGCGGCCAGCUCGUGUUUAUCAAGCUCUUAGUCACGACCACUUCCAGCACACAGAGAAUGGUCAGAAUGAAACCUCCACUGUGGACGAGGACGUCUCAGUGAGCCCCGUUCCUCUGCAGCGAUCAAAACCUGUAAGCUACGCUCCGCUUGUUCCACGAGAGCCUCCUCCGAGACAAGCGUUAAUGCCCAGAGCAGCUAACCGUCAGGACAGACAGACGGACUCGGAUGCUGGGAAGAUUAACGACACAAGGCAAAGGCCAGAUUCAUCCCCGGCACCAAAUGGGGAGUCUGGAGUCUAUGUGAGCAGGGUGCCGUCGUUUCAGAGCCGAAAACCACCUCCAAAGAACACAUCAGGAGAUUCUGAAGGUCUGACGAGAACGAGGUCGACAGAGAAGCCUGCCAUUUGUAGACCCCCAGUCAGGCCUCCGGAGCCCCCUUCCAGAUGCCCCACUGCACUAAAGCCCCCCAGUGCAGCCAGCGCCGAGAGCACGGCCACGUCCUAUGUUGCAUCUAAAACCAAGUUUUUUGAGAACGCUUCCAGGAAAGUUGUCAGUCCACCGACCUCUCCAUCACCAACAGCAGGGACAAAUGUAAAGAAACCGAACUAAUGUUGAGGAGGCUUUGACGACAUCAUGUGACUGCUGCAUGCGCUCUUGGGUGCAGAUCACCACUAAUGAACUUGGUCAACUGUGACUGUAUGAGAAUUGACUGAAGGAAAAGCUCUCAACAGAACUCUUAUUUAGUUCCGUUAUUAGCGGUGUUGUAAAGGCUCACAGGAGCAAACUGUCUCUAGAAUGACCUCGCAAGGUAACUGGUUCUGUAUUUGAUCCAAAGUUAGUCAGCAGUAAAAGCCCUUUUCCCCCCUUGUUCCACACCUGUCGAGUAAUAUUACAAUUUGUAGUCAUUUUACUGCAUUUAAUUGUUUGAACAACUCUUGGCCACGACGUGUCUGCGUUGUUAACACUCGUUAGAUUUCCCAAAGAGGACUCAUUGAUUUAAAACUGACUUAAUCAGCUUUCAUUUGAAAAUGUAAAAUAGUAGUCUAGAUAUUAACUUCUAGAUUUUAUGAAAUGGUCUAUGCAUUGUAGUUGAGAUGAGAAAAACUCCUUGCUUACACAUAAACUACUAGAAAUUAUAUUUCAGUAUUAAAACAAAUAGUGUGGGACGAAACGUACUAAUGAGAUAAAAAACUGGAUGAAAAAUUAGCUACAUUCAAACUAAUGAUCUCUUAAAGCUGCUUCAGUUGGUCAUAAAAAAUAGUUAGAACAAACUUACAUCUUGUUCGUCAGUUGAGACAGAACUCAAACAAAAGUCACUUUUUGAGAGGCAUUACAGAAAAGUAUUUUGCUCAAGUGUCGGCCUGUAUCCAGUCAGCCUACUUUAACUUUACAGUGAAUGUAACGGUCGUCUUUUGUCGUUGUUUUUGUCUUUUUAAAACAGAUUACCAAGUGUGCAUUCCUUCACUUUUGACCUGUUGCAGGUCGGUCAGGUUGUACAGGAGAGUCCUUAAAGUUUACCUGAAUUUAUUGCACCUCAGAUGAAUGGCUGCGAUUCAAAAGCAGGUCGAACAUGAAAACACAACUGCUUGUUACAAUAUGUGAAUAUAACACUCCAUUGUUUUUGAUUUGUAUUUCUUUUGCUCUUAAAGCCGCUAUGUUAAUUUUUCGCUCGUAUUUUUGAUAACCCAACCUGAAAAUACCCGUUGUUGUCUGGUUUUCAAAGAGGGAAAUAAACAUGAAGAGCUCUUAA